AUGUCUGGCGGCAAGCGUCAAUCAAGACUGAGCACAAAUCACUUCUCAGUUGUUCGAUCUUACCAUGUGGAGAUUCAAGAUGACGACGAAGACAUUGUGAUGCAAGACGGCGGCGAUGUGGAAAUCACACGAGUCCAGCGAAUCGCAAGGAUACAAAAGACAGCGUUUCGCUCAACGGCCAGACCACCUGGAGUCCCCGCACCUAUCAGGCAAAGACAAGCUUCAGCUGCUUCACGACAACCACCACCCUGCCAACUAGACCUGAGCCCAGGUAGUGACGUUGAACUUGAAGACGGAAGUUUCCUACGCAUUGAAAGCACCGGGACGGAUUUCUUCGACGAGCCCUAUAUCCAAGGAAAACGACUGUUUCCCCAUACCGCCAGCGAACUCUUGAUGCCCGAACUAGGCAACGAAUUAACUUGGAUAAUGCGCUUCGAGAACAACUUGAAUACUGAAGAGUAUCAAAAACGAGUCGGGUUCAGUCCAUCUAAAGCGGUGAGAAACUGCAAGAUUCUCUUUACAAACCAGCGAUAUCAAGAUAUUAAUGCUAGCCAUGGUCUCCAGGGCGGACAAUUCGGAGAUCUUCCUGUCUACUUCUGCCGCUGGAAAUGUACCUUGCCACCCGAAGAUCUCAGGCGCAGGCCGAAUGAAGGAUUUCGCCAUAAAAUGGGGAAAAUUGAACACCUACGAUCCAAAGAGGCAGACAGUCUGACCGUCAUUUCCCGAGAGCUGAGAAGGCAAGUUCGAUUGCGCAUUCCAGAUCUUGAAGUGCGGAAGAGAUGGCGAGGCGCCGAAUUUGCCCAGGAAUGGUUGGGCAGCCACAAAAUCUACGGCGUCAAUGAGGAAACGGGUGCUCUCGAAGUCGUACUUCGGCAAUAUACCUUUGGAGACUCCUUCUGCGGCGCCGGCGGCACGUCCUGUGGUGCACUACAGGCCGGACUGAGAUUGAAAUGGGGCUUCGACCAAGAUGAAAUCGCCAUCAGGACUUACAAGUUUAAUUUCGCUGACAAGACUGGCGUGGAUGCACGCAGAGAACAUGUCUCUGACUUCCUUGCGGCUGCGGCCGAGGCCCGGAUUAAGAAAAACUUGAAGUUUUUCGUUGAUAUUAUACACCUCAGCCCACCGUGCCAGCCUUUUUCGCCUGCCAACACGACGCCCAACGAAGACUUGAACGAGAAGAACCGCGCUGCGUUGACGAGCAUCGACGAUAUUUUGAGGUUCUGUAAGCCGCGAAUUGCUACGCUUGAGGAAGCUGCUGGGAUGGAGCACCCGAAACAUCAGGGGUGGUUGCGCAAACUGGUUACGAUGUUUGUCGACCAUGGCUACAGCGUUCGGUGGAAAGUUGUCACGUUGAAGACUUUUGGGGUCCCACAGACGAGAGACCGGUUGAUUGUGAUUGCUUCAGGACCCGGAGAGAAAUUGCCCCCCUUUCUGGCACCCACCCAUGGAACCGAGCCAGGUCUCCAGCCACUACCGUCCAUCGCAGCCGCCAUUUUUGGUCUCGACCGGCGUGCUGCCGACCAUGAGCUGCCUCGUUUUUUCGAUCACCCCAGGCCUGCCAUCGAUGCGAACGGCUUAGCUGGCACCAUCACGACCGGCGGUGGUGGUGACAAUGUGUAUCAUCCAAGUGGACUGAGGACUUACACUGUUCGUGAACAUGCCUGUCUACAGACUUUCCCACAUGACUUUCUUUUCGAUGGAAACCCCACACAGCAACGACGGCAGAUUGGAAAUGCUGUGCCUCCGCUGUUUGCGGCGGCGCUGUUUGGCCAAUUGCGCAGUUGGUUGGAGAAUGCCGAUUUGGAUGAGAUGCGUAGAGCUGGGUUGAGACCUUGA